CCCCUACCGCCUUACGAGAAAAGACGAGUUCUGUCCCUCUCGUGAUCGUUUCUCUCACUCGAGCUGAGCUCCCUAUCCGCGAGCGGGAUUCCGUCUUUCUGGUGACUUGGGUCGACUCGGAGAGAAGCGAUCAAAGGGUUUCCCCGAGAAAUUGCCUUUUUUGUUGAGUGCUUCCGGUGUAAGCGAUGGAUGUAGUCUGGAGCUUUUCUGCUUUCUUGUUCUCGAACCAAUUGUUAUCUGAUCGAUGGUUUUAGAGUCUACAGGGAUCUCAAACCGUCAGAGGAAGCGGGAGUUUCUUUUUGUGGUUAAAGAUUUCGAACAGUAUGCGGUGGCUGAGUUUCUCGGUUGAUGUUUAUCGGAAAGUUAUUUCCUUGAACUUGUAUUGUAGGGUUAUUCUGUAACUCAUUACCUUUCCCUCUGGUUCUCUUCAUCUACUGCCCUCCUCUCUUUUCUCCAAUCUUGUCCUCGAAACCCCUCUUUCCCUCGGAGCCAGCGAAACCGUGAAGAUUGCAAUUUGGCUGGCAUUUCUCCUACGUCUGGCCUCCUAGAAUAAUCUUAUUGGAAAUUGGAUUUCAUUUGGGUUCUGGGUGGACUGGUCCUGUUACCGAGGAAGAACAGUAGUAAUGGUGUGCCAAGCAGCAACACAAACAACAUUCCGAGCUUUGAAACACGAGAAUGGGAUUGCCGGUAGUACCACCAUAAUCGUUAGGGUCCUUGCUUGCUUCCAACCAUUGCAAGAUUGCCAGGCUGAAUACUUCCGCCACCUCCUGAAACCGGUCACGUAAAUUAGCUUCCUGUUAACAGUUCUCUUCAAGAAAGCUGGGAUUUCUUUUUUUUCUUCCUUUUUCUGGUAAACCCUGUUGUGGAGAUAUUAAUUGGCAUCUACUACUUGCCUAAGGUGAUUAAUUUAAACUUUGUUUUGAUGGGGAAGGAUAUUACUCCUCAGUUUGAUUCACAGCAUCCAUCUUGGCGAUUUAGUCAUAUGAACUCUGCUAGUAAUAUCCAACGGUUUGAUAUCAGGCCUCAGAACGACAAUUCAAUGUUGCUUCCUGCCUGUGUUAAUCCCUAUGGUUGUGUAUUCUCAGUGAAUGCUGCAAAACAAUUCCCUGGUGUCUGCACAAACAAAUCCCUUCAAAAGAUAUCAUCUUUGAUUCCUCCUUUGACCCCAUCUCAAAUGCCUCCUGGAUUUGAUGUGUUGGAGAAGAGGUACUUGGCCUUUGAUCAGUUAAGGGAUGGAAGGAGCUACAUCUUUAGCUCAUCAAGCAUCCCUUAUCCAUUCUUUAAUUCCGUGGACCUAGGUUUCGGUCUGCAAGGCAGCACAGACACCAAUGUUUCCAAUGUGCAUGGGGCAGAAGAGAUGCAUGAAGACACAGAGGAAAUCAAUGCACUGUUGUACUCGGAUUCUGAUGAGGAUCAUGAUGAUGAAGAGGCCAGCACUGGACACUCUCCUGUUGGGGUGACAGGGAGGAGUUUAUCUGAGGUAACUAGCUCUAUGCUUCCGGCAAAGAGGAGGAGAGUUAACGCAGAUGAAUUCGAUGCAUCACUUGUAGAUACUGCAAGCUCGCAAGUUCUCCACUGCCCUGAUGUUCCUACAGAUCACAGGAACAAAGGGGAUGGUAUACACUCUGAGUCAAGCUGUGUGAAAGGAGGGGAUCACAAUCAGAACGGAGAUGAUGUGCGCAUCAAAAGAGCAAGAAUUCAGGAAACAGUUAGCAUAUUGAGAAGGAUUAUUCCUGGUGGAAAUGGGAAGGAUACAGCCACUGUCCUUGACGUGGCUAUCAGCUAUCUCAAGUCGCUUAAGCUGAAGGCCAAAACUUUGAAUGCUUCUCCUUAGCAGCUACUCCAGCAACAUCUAUAUAUAUAUAUAUAUAUAUAUAUAUAUAUAUAUAUAUAUAUAUAUAAACCCCCUUCUUCUAAAUGUCACGGUCACAAAACAAAGGAAGAGGCCAGUGGGUUCUCUCCACACAGCUCCAAUGAUUGAAGGUGUGAAUCGGUACUCUAAAGUCACAGCUUUGGUAGAGUUUUGGCCUUUAAUGGUGGGGGAAGGAGGAUAUGAUGGUCCAAUAAAGCAUGGCUAUUCCUUUGGUAUUUAUGAGUUUGUAUGACGAUUCCAAAUUGAUGCAAAGAGGGUCCAAGAGUAGCUUCUUUUGACUGAAAGGGAAUGAUGGGAAUUCUUAGGAGUGCGCGUGUGUGAUGAAUCUAUAAAGGAAGGCUUGCACACGCCUGUUAUGUUGAGUGGUGAUUGCCACUUUAUCUGUCGUUGGUUUCUUUAGACAAUGGCAGUGCAAAGAAGAAAAGGAAAUGUAACCUGGCUAUUAUGUAUAUAACUUUAAUGAUUUCCUGGAGUAUUGUGGAGGUUAAACUGCUUUUGUUGACAUGGGUGAGCAGGUUACUUCAUUAUUCGGCUUGUAUGGGGCCAUGCUGAAAUAUUUUGGAAGGAAGGGCAUUUGGUUGCAUGAUGAAUGGAUGAGGUUGUGGUCCAUUGAUUGGUUUCUUUCUUCACAAGUGGGAGUCACUGUCGUCCGGAAGCUCUCCAUUCAGCUUUGUGUCGAUUGCUAUGUGGCAAGUUUCUGGGUGCUUGUUCACGUCGACUUUGCGAAACUGUAAUCUGUUCUACAACUCUCGUUGCUGCUGCUGCUGCUUUGCCUUUGCUUUGAGUCUUUUCCCUUGUUGAUAUCGAUGCCAUUGUUUGUGGUCAUCAUAUUUGGCUUCAAGGAUGUUAGUGUAGGCAUCAGUUUGUGCUGUUAGGUUGGCCUGCCAUGGAUGUAAUAAAUGCUGUGGCCUUUAAUUGUAUCGAACAUGUUAUUAUGAUAUAUUGGAAUUUUGCCUUGUGAUUUUUA